GGCUGGUCCUCCGAAUCUGUUUACUUUGCUCUGAGAGCUGCUGCGCCGAGGUGCCGGCGGAACCACUGCACCGGCCACGAGAGUCGCGCUGGCCACCCGUGUGUUUCCUCCACUGGGGGAUCUCCUGCUCCGUGAGCGACCAGAAGUUGUCUGAAAGUGUGGCGUCCUCUAGUUCUCCGCACCUUCCCUGAGAGCUGCAAUCCCGGGAUGUUAGCGAUCGGCCAUCUUGGAUCGUUUCCUAUUCUUUUAUUCUUAAAAGAUAAAGGCUACAAGGCAAAGAACGUAAACGUGCAGUAAAAGAUAAAAGACAGAUGUGAAAGGCAGUUCAAGAGGAGAAUUUGAAAAUGAACCAGGAGAUGAGAUUGAUGCCUAUGAACAAAAGUCGGGACAAAACCAGUUUGUCUUAGAAACAAACUCCAGACAUGAACAUCUCCUUCCCAGCCUAUUGCCGGAGUUCAGUCAGAGAAUGGGAGAACGACUGUCAGGAGAUUGGAAAACAGAGGGCUAGUGAUGCGAUGGCCCAAGAAAGGAAGAACGAAAAGCCAGUCAGAGUAUUUAAUGCCAGCUGUUCCUUUCAGGAUCAAGCCCCAAUGUGUUUCCAAGAGAAUAUGAGCUCUGCUUCACCGUUGGGGACAUGGAGCAAAUUCUACAGAUCAGACCCGCGGAUUGCCUUCGGGAAAUACUCUCCCUUGGAAAAAGAGAUCCUAAGUCUCGGUGGCAUUCACACUAUAGCAGCAAGAAGGCUUUUGGCUUACAAGCAAGAGGAAGAAUCGAGAAUGCUCAAGAAACUACAGCAGCAGUCUCCAGACCACACAGGGGCAACGGAGUAUCAAAAAGAACAUUCCUCUCCUCGUGCUAAUUGUGGACCCCUAGAAAAAAUAUGGACAGCAAAUGUGAUUGUGCCCCCAGAGGAGUUUCAAAUGCCACAACGAGAGCAGGUGAAUGUCAGUAAGCACAUAGCGAGAAUGAGGCUUGCUCAGGCUCAGAGAAAUAGUCAGCUUUUACCCUACAUUGAGAAGUUCAGAUGCUCCUCAUUUCUGUCUGGAGUGGGCCUGGGUCCAAUGGCAAAAAAUAAGGCCAGACAAGAGGGCAACCAUGACAGCCAUAACUGUGACGAAGCCAAGCAAGCUGAGAAAGAGGAAGCAGAGGGCAAAAACACAAAAAGAGGAGAAAUAAAAAUGAAUGUAGUUUUCAAGUCAGGAGAACCAAAAAAAUGUUUAACAUACCAUGCAAAUGAUCGAAAAUCCUUCCUCCCAGCAAAGAAACCAGAACGGUCCAUCACAGGCCUAACGAACCGAAAUCUUUUCUGCAUAUCGGAAUUCCCUGGUGACUUAAUGCUAACGAAUCAGGAUUUUAUAUCGAGGAAAGUCCACUUCAGUGAUGUGGCCGAGACCUAAAGCCCGAAAGCAGCAGCCCUGGAAACAGCGCAUGCGGAAAGCAACUCCUUGUCAUUAUUAAAAUUUUAUUUAUUGCCCAGGG